UGUGAUAAGUAUGAUAACAAUUUGAUGAUGUUUGAUAAGCCUAAGUAUUUGGAAAGAAAAUUUAGUAAAUUAAUAUUAAUUUCCAUUUUGCAAUAAAAAAAACGAAAAUUUAUCUAAUUAUUCAAUAACUUUUCCUGUCAUCGGAUUCGGCUUCGUUCCAAGCACCCUAAGAGAAAAUGGCAUUUCUGAGUCCCUUUUUCCGCAAUCCCAUAACCGAUUUCACCGGUCCACUUAUAACCGCUCAAUCAGGCGUACGCUGUGCAGAUUUUGAAAUGAAAUUGAUGAAUUGUUACGAAGCGUAUGGUUAUCCGAAAGGCAUGGAAGUAUGUCAAGCGUAUUAUGAUGAUUUCAAAGAAUGUUGCACUAGAGAUAAACAGAUGUCUCGAGUCCAAGCAAUGCAAAAUGAACGCGAGCGUCAAGCUAAACCAGAGUACGAAAAACCUCCAGCAAUGCACGCAUUUUAGAUAAUAUGCUCUUGUAUGUGUUUAUUAUACAUAAAUAUUUUAUAUGAAUAAUAAAACUGUUUUGAUAAUAUUAUAAUAGGUUAUCUUUAAUUUUAGUUAGUAAAGAUAAACAUGUUUAGGUCCUUAUUGUAUAAAAAAAAAAAAUAUACAUAAUAAAUAACUAAAUUAAUUUC